AUGGAGAUAAUGAUAAUUCCCAAAAUUUUAAUCAUUAUUUGGAUCUCUAAAAUUUACAAAUUUUAAUGUUCAGAAUAAUGUGGUUAUUGUAUUAAAGAGAUUUUGUUAUAGUUGUAUUUAUGUAGGUUCGAAAAUAAAUUAAAAUAAUGUUUGUAUCACUUAAUGUGAAGAUGGCAUUGUUAUUGAUUAAUGUGAAGAUUCUUAUAAUGGGAAUGAUAUCCCUUAUUAUAGUUGUUAUUAAUGUUAAUUUAAAUUUUCAGAAGGUUGUAUUCAAUGCCAAUCAAACUAAUGCAAAUAAUUUGAUCAUAUAUAUUUACUGGAUUACUAGACAGGUGCAUGUUUCAAAUAGGAUAAUGAUGACUAAAACAUUGAUUUUUUAAUUCUCUUGCUAGAGUAAAUUACAAAAUUAAGAUAUGGGUAAACUAUAUUAUUAUUGAUAAUUUAUGUGUUUAUAAAUGUGGGAAUGGAUUUAGAGAUAAUCAAUAUUAAGAAUGAGAUAAUGGGGACAUUUAUGGAGGAGAUGGAUGUUCUUCUUUUUGUCACAGUUUAAUGUUUAGAUUAUGAGAACUACUUAAGCAUAUGUACUUAUAUUAAAGCUCCUAAAAUUAACUUGAAUAUUCUUACUAAUACUGGCAAUUCUCUUCAGGUUGUGGAAUCAACUUUUUUAGAAAAGUACUAUUUACAAUUCAUUUUCAUUCGUCUUAUUAGAAAAUGA